AUGGAACCACAGUUCAAAGUGAACGACAAGGUCCUAUGUCACAAACAUGAGGAUCCAGCAGGGUCAUACCGUGAAGCUCAAAUACUUGAAACGAAACAAACGACAACACAAAUAAUGUAUUACAUUCGGUAUACAGAAUAUAACAAACGACUUGAUGAAUGGACGUCAGCAGAUAACGUGAUCAAGUACUCCUCGAGAGAAAACCUCAACAUCAUUCGCCCGACCCGUCGCGACGACGGCGGAAACCCGCGGAAGAUGACGCGCGCGCUCCGGAAGACGAACGUCGCGAUGUUGGAACGCGACAGCGAGCCCGCGGGAACGAUGUCGAAUGCGCCGGAGAAUGAAGCGCCGCAACGGACCAAAAAUAUCCAAUACGUCACUAUAGCCGACUUUGAUCUUCCUGUGUGGUAUUUCUCUCCAUAUCCCGGGAAGUAUGGGAAUGUCGAACGACUGUAUGUUUGUGAGCAUUGCUUGAAAUACAUGGAGAAGCCUCGGACAUAUCUCACGCACCGUCAAAAAUGCCCAUAUCACUUCCCGCCCGGUCUUUUGAUCUAUAAAGACCCGGAAAGGAAAAUUGCGUUCUUUGAAGUGGACGGCGAAGAGGCGAAAUUGUAUUGUCAGUCGUUGUGUUUACUCUCGAAGAUGUUUUUGGACCACAAAACUCUGUACUACGACGUCGAACCGUUUUACUUCUAUGUGUUGUGCGAGUACGAACCUAAGACGGAACUUGAAGACGAAAACUUCCACCUUGUCGGGUACUUUUCUAAAGAGAAGGCAAGCCCCGAUGGGUACAACUUGAGUUGUUUGAUGGUGUUACCGCAUCAUCAAAGAAAGGGGUAUGGGAAGAUGCUUAUAUCGAUGAGUUACGAGUUAAGUAAAAUUGAGGGUAUCCCGGGCAGUCCAGAAAAGCCAUUGAGUGACUUAGGGUUAGUCAGUUUCAAGAGUUAUUGGACUAAAGUCAUUGCCGAUGAACUCUUGAACAACUGCCCAGAAGGUCCGAAUAUCACGGAGUUAACACUGAAGACUGGAAUCACUAAAGAAGACUGUGUUAGUACUUUAGACAGUUUAGGACUUAUAGUGUCGUAUAGGGGGUCACAAUCGAUAACUACAACACAGAAAAAACUCGAACAACUUCGACUUGAUUUUCCUCAAAAGGAAGUCUUAGUUAAGAAAGAGUUGCUCAAGUGGAAACCACACGCUGUUGUUAUUAAGAACCCAGAUAUCAUGGAAACACUCAAAACAUACGUAUAA